CCCAUUAUACACUUUCACUACCGUAGCGCAUUCCUAGAAUUCCACACAAAAAUACACGCCAAAAAUAAAGCACUUUAUUGGCAUUCAAGAAAUCCUUCAAUCAGCUUCAUCGUGAUAGCUCUGUUAAUACUGUCUAAAUUAUCAAGUAGAGCAUUUUUUGAUUAUGUUGGUUUUUAACAAGUGCUGCUGUUGUGUUCCCCUACGACAGGGUUGCAUUAUCAUGGGUUAUGUCAUGAUUUUAUUGUCCUUUCACGAAAUAUAUUGGAUGAUACUCUACACUGAUGCAAUGUAUUGCUCACGCCUCAAAAAGAUCUGGUUUCUGCACAAUCAGAUUAAAAUUUUGGCUGGAGUUCUGCUCUUGGCUUGCGCCCAUAAUCCUCAAACUAUGACCUUUUUGCUGCCACUGCAAAUUGUUGUAAAUCUAACGAGUUUAAUAAUUGAAUUGAUAUUUUAUUUGCUGUUGUCCAGCAACGAUUUGAUCCCGUGGAGUGCUGCGCUUUUAUCCUUUCUUUCAAUUGGGACUGUGUACGGUGUGCUUGUGGUUUACUCAUUUUUCCAAGAGAUGGAUCACUAGCCUCGACUAUGCCAUUUGGCCAGCUCAAAGAGACAGAGACGCUGCUUAUCGCUGCUUUGCUGAAACGGUAGUUGGUUUGGCUCUUCGUCUUUUGCAGUUGGACUUAAUCACAGCAUGUAGCAUUUUGUGCCAUGAUUAAAAGCAAAUUUAUUAGUCAAAUGUUGCGCAAUUGCUCUGCUAAAUCCAAAUCCAAAUCCAAAUGCAACUGCAGCGCAUAAAUCGUGUCAGGCUGGUGCCAAUUGUCACCAGGCUCGAGCUCCAGCUCCAGUUUCAGCCUCAGUUUUAAAGGCUGACUUCGGCUUAAUUAUCGGCGCACCGUUGCGCUACAUGCGUGCUAAUUGAGUGCGGUGACCAGUGACCAACUGACCAACUGAGCUGGCGACGCGGACAUGGACUUGGACAUGAACGUGGACAUGGUCGACGACAUGGACGCCGCCACGUCCUGCUAUGAUAACAACAACGCGACGACAAACGCACGCUGUGCCCAAAUGAAAUUAUGUUGCAAUCUCCAAUUGUGUCUCUAGAGCUGGCCAAAUCUCGUGUUCUCUCAUUACACGAUAUAUAAUGUUGAAGAAAAGGAUAACUUAGUAUACUGAAAAUACUAAAUAUCAUUUAGAAAACUACUGACUGAUGAAUGAUUGAAAUAAUCCCUUAAUUAUUUAUAUCGUUUCUAUAUAAAUAUUUAAUUGAAUGCGUCUUUUCAUU